GUUUUAUGGCUCUAACCUGCUGUCGGCACUGACUAUGUAGGGCUGACUAUCAAUGAUCUCCUCCUACUGUACUCCAGCGCAGCUCGAGCCGCCGUUCCCUUCAGUCGCCACUCUGACCCACCGAGACUGUCUGGGCUCUUCUCUGUUCCCAUUUGGGUUUUCGUCUUCUGCUUUCUGGUGGAGGGGUUCCUCUGGGCACCCUUCCGCUUGCGUGUGUCUGUCACAGGCAGUGAUUUGUAGACUUUUUUCGUUUUUUUGUUGUAGUGUUUUCUCCCGUCUUCCUCUCCCCCUGGAAUACAAGAGCGCUCGUGGGAAUUUGUCGCGCGAACAGACGCUCGAGGACAACAUGAGCGCGACGCUGUGGGUUUUCACCUUUCUGAGCUUCGCUAUCAUGAUGACACCCUGCAUUGAAGCAGAUCGUCGCCUUCCUGCCGCUACAAACGUUUCUUAUAAGUGGAUCGAUGAUUUCAUUGUGAAUGUGACCUGGUCCUGGCUGAAGCCCGAGGAUCUGCCACAGAACUGUGCAGUCGAAUAUGAGAUCCAGCAAAUGGAUGAAGAAAUCCCGGGCACUCGUGUAGAGAAUAGAAAUUUCACCGAAUACUAUCUCACUAAAGAUUUGGCAACCGGCAGUCUGGAGCUCAGGAUUUACUGCACAGCAAAAACCGACUGCAAAGGUUGGAAUAAAAGUCAGCCGGCAAAAAUAAAGAUCUCUGCAAAAAAGAUACAUGCUGAGUUGGUGAAGGACUUCAGAUGUUUUUUCCUGCCAAACGGUUUCAACUGUUCCUGGAUUCCAGUUGAUUCAUCCGAGGAUCUGAAGGUGUCCUAUAGGGUCGUUGGAAAAACGAAGGAGGACAUAGAAAGUUUAAAGGUGUGUGAAGGACCUUACAAGAUAAAAGGAAGGAAUGGCUGUUACCUGAAACCUGAGAAGGGCCGAGACAUCUUUGUGCUUGUGGAGACUGAGACCAGAAUGACCACAUUUAGACCUAAAUAUGCAAUACCUGUGCAGAAAAUGAGUGUUAACGAGACUGGACAUAAUCUCAAACUCACAUGGACAAUUCCAAAUAUUGGACGUGAUUGUACUUGGAUCUUCUGUCUCUGGUAUAAAGAAUGCGGAAAUAACAAACCUCCCCAGUGCUUUAAGUUCAGGGAAGACUGGACUGUGGAUAUUCCCAACAAUAAAUGCUGUGGGUACGAGUUUCAAUACAACAUCACUACUGAUCGUUUCUGCACAGAAGUAUCCAGUGAAACCAGUGAAGUUAUAACUUACGGUACCACAACAACUUGCUUCAGUAUGGCUAAUGUGUUGGCCAUCAUCAUCCCGUUCACGGUCUGCUUCUGUGUCGCACUAUCCUUCUACUGCUUCAAGAAACAUGAAAAGAUUUUUGGCCCCACCAGGCUGGACCCCUCCGUAAUAAAGGAUAUUAUGAAGGACAACAAGCUUCCAAAGGAGAGGUUGUUCCUACCGCCGAGGGAGCAAACUGAUACUUGCGUUCCAUUUAUACCUGAUGAGCACCAGGGAAAAUGCUGACCAUCCAGUCAUGGAGUGCGCAAUGUAGGGAGAAUAAGAAAGCUCUGCUCCCAACCUCCAACGCAGGAGAAGAUGGAAUAAGAGGGCUAGUUGUGGUAUUUCAUGGCAUGAGCCUUUGUAGAGCAUAUAUGAAAUAAGUUAAAAGACGGCAGAUUACAAAAGACAGCCAGUGACAACCUAAGUGAUGGGAAAUAAAAGAAUGAUAUUCUCUUUGUACAAGAAGCGCUUCCUUGCUUUUUUGUGUUAGGUGUUUUGACCUCCACACAAGACUAUGUGCUUUGGCUUCAUGGCUGAAGGUAGCUGAUAGCAUGAGUGUAUCUGGGUUGGCACUACUUCUCUUUAAAGAAAUACAGAAAAUUAAAGAGAAGCUCAAAACAGUACGUCUGGAUAUUCAACAACCUCCACAAACCCUGCUGGCUGACUUUAACUCAGUCGAUUUUCAGGUCAACUUUGGAUGAAAAUAAGGUUUUUAUUAUUAGAAAAGUUUACUGAAAGUCUUAACUGCCAUUUUAAGAUGGAUUUCCAAACUAUGUGCUCACUUUUUGAAAGAAGACCAGGUAUAAAAACUGUAAAUGUCUAAGAAAACAUUAAACUGAAAAUAAGUUUGGAA